AUGGCCUGCCAAACCAUUAUCAGAUCCCCAGAAGCUUGCCAGCCCAGAACGAUACGGAUUGCGCACCAGCAGGAAUGUCCAACGCCAGAUGCAUCGCCGGCAUCCUCGGCGCGCUCCCGGCGUCGUUCGACGGGACCGCACAUCGUGCCCCUCCCCAUUGUCCGCCCCCAGGCCGGCAAGAAGGCGCCCAUCAUCAGGACGCAGCAGCGCUCCGCCACUAUCCUGCCCAACUUUGUGGGCCUCAAAUUCCAGAUCUACAACGGCAAGGUCUACCACGACGUGACCAUCACCGAGGACAUGGUCGGACACAAGCUGGGAGAGUUCUCGCCGUGA